AUGUAUGCUGUGACUAUUAGUGAUGAGGGUGACUGUUACCGGUGUUUUCCGCCUGACCCGGGCAUUGAGGCUGCUGCUCUAGGUGCUGGUGAGGCUGCUGCUCUAGGUGCCAGUGAGUCUGCUGCCCCAGGUGCUGGUGAUUCUGCGCUCUCAGGUACCGCGUCGGCUCGGGCCACCCACACCUUCACCCUUGACUCGGGUGCUUCCCUCUCCUUCUUUCGAGACCGCACCACGCUCACCCCGCUUAGUCGGCCAGUGGCAGUCUCCCUGGCAGACCCCUCUGGGGGUCCUGUCCUUGCCCACUUCUCCACUGUCCUACCGUGUCCGGCGGCCCCUUCUGGCACCCUCUCGUGGUCUCUCACUGAUGGCACCGGCACACUCUGUGCCCCGGGGUAG